AUGGCUUUAGGACGAAAGACACGGGCAAUUGAUGAGCAUAAACGCUUGCUCAUGAUCGUGUCAUCUGGGGAUGUCAAGCAGGCCGAUGCUGUGAUAAUCAUGGAGCUCUUUAUGAAAGCGGCAAAGAAGGUGUACGCAGCUAGGUCCUUCACUGAGCAAGAAAUGGAACUGGGCUUACUGUUUCUUCGGCUGGGAGGCACCCAAUUGGCAAGCAUUGCACACAAUGCCCUUGGCACCCCUGCUGUCACCACGCUUCGGCACAAUCGACCAACAGAGCCACUCCGCGUCUCAACCAGACUCCCAACUGCCCAUGAACUUCAUCAUAACCUCUCGGUCUCACAGGUUGCCGGGACCUUUGGGAGUGGGGAUCACAUUGAGCAGCAUAAUGACAUUCUUGGGGCUUACAUUCUCAUGUUUGAUGAGAUCAAGAUUGAAGAAGUUUCACGGUAUGAUCCAUCCACCAAUAACAUUGUUGGGGUAUGCCAUGAGCAUAGUAGUGGGUUUGCACUUGAGUACGCGAGUACUGAUGAAGCUGAUCGCCUAUUUGAAGGGGUCCGGGAUGGAGCGGUACACCUGGCAGUGGAGGCUACCAUUGGAGCCGUGGGCUCUUUGUCAUCAUCUGCAAGGAUAUAUGGUUCCCAUCCGAUUCUAAUUUCGCCCACAUGCAAGCGUGAGAACGCUAGCAGCCAUGCCAAAUUAAUUGAAGUUGUUAUUGAGGCAUGCAGGAACGACUUGAAGGGUCCACUGUACAGUCUUGCAUCUGAUGGUGAAUCGCGUCGAGGGGCCGCACUUGCCCAGAUCACACUGAAGGAACCCCUCUCCGAUACAUCCCCCAUCUAUCCCUUACUUUCCCCCCUUCCAUUAUUCAACCAUCUUGUUGGUAAACAUGACAUAACCUGUGAUAAGGACUAUAAGCAUCUCUUCAAGAGAUUAUGCACACUCACCCUGCGCCCAGCGGGUUUCAAUGUUUUUGACACAAUCAUCACUCUGCAAAUCCUUGAGAAACACCUUCAUCAAAAUGGGUUGUCAUUCACAACAAUCCGGGCUUUGCUGAACCCAGCUGAUAAACAAGAUGUACCGAAGGCUAUUGAGUUACUGAAGGCCAUCUGGGAGCUUCCCUUAAUUACCGAUGACAAGGAUCCAAUCAGGACAGCCCAGUGUUGUGCUCUCUACCUUUUUGGUCGCAUUUGUUUCUUGUUUGUGCGACCCUAUAUCGACAUAACACUUAGUCUUUGGCAGCAACUUGAACAUCUCAGUGCUGCCGCACAUUUGCUCCUAGUCCUCUUCAGGGAAAAUCCAAAUAAGGGACGAUUUAUGCCAACACAACUCUAUGUUGACAUCCAGAUUGCUGUCAAGAAUGUUUUCUUUUGCAUAGCGAAAGAAAAAACUUGCAAUCAAGUCUAUAUCAUUCUCCUUGGAACAGAUCGCCUCGAGAUCGCAUUUGAAUGGGACCGGAGUCCACGGCAUCUGAGGCUACCAUCCCUUCAAGAACUGGAAAAGGAAUCGCAGUGUAUUAACCAUAUCACACCAGCACUCUGGAAGGGGGACGUGAGCAUCAAAUAUGUACUCCCCCUGACAUGUUGGAUGAAUGGGCGUUCACUUGCUAUGACUGUUGACAGUAAAAUUGCUGGACAAAUCAACAACAUUGCCACUCACAGAGGGAUUGAUAUGCUCUCACCAUUUGGACACCUAAUCAUGAAACUCGAUAUAAAUCCAUCUGCUGCAAGCAAUGAUGAUCUUGAAAGGGAGGAUGAGGAUGAUAUAUCUGCAUUGAAAAUCGAUGAGCAAGGAACUCAAGCCAUACCUUUGACAAUGCUCUCUGAACGCGUUGUUGAGGUCAGUUUCCACAUUCUCACGCUGAAAAGCAAGACAACCUAUGAGGGCAACGAGGACUGGCUAUGGAAAGACUGGAAACUAGAAAUGGAGAGCAGUAAGACGAAGGGAGCAUACCUUCAUCCCAUUAAUCCGACUAUCCAGCAAGAUGAUGUGGCUGGUCGUGCGACGUUUAUCUUCACAAAAACGGGCUAG